AUGGCCCGCAGGCAAACGCGGGCAAGCAGCCGCCGGGGCUGGUUGCCCUGGCUGGGGCUCGCCUUGCUGCCUCUGGCCGUGCCCCCCGCCGCCGCCCCCGGGGGUUGCCCGUCCCCUUGUUACUGCGUGGCCACCCCGGAGUUGGUGCAGUGUCGGUACGAGAGGUUGGAAGAGCUUCCGAAGGAGCUCCCGCUCACCGUGCACAACCUCAGCAUCACCGGCAGCAACCUGAGCAUCCUCCACCGCGCCGCUUUCGCCUCCCACCCUCUGCCGGACCUCCGCCUGCUCCGUCUGCGCCACGACAACAUCCAGAUCAUCGAGGACAUGGCCCUCCAGGGUCUGCCCUCCUUGCAGACCCUCGACCUGAGCCACAACCCUCUGCUCUCCGUGGCCGCCGGCGCUUUCGCCGAGGCACCGCUGCUGCGCACGCUGCAGCUGAACCAAGCGCUGCUGGCAGCCCCCUUGGAGGACCAGUUGGCCUCGGCCUUGGGCAACCUCAGCUUGCGGCGUUUGGAGCUGGCGGGCAACGCUUUGCGGGCUCUGCCGGACACCUUGCUGCCCGCCGGCCUGGAGGAGCUGGAUCUACGGAACAACUCCCUGGAGGGGCUGACGGCCGCCGAGCUGCGGAGUUUGGAUGCUCCGGGGUUGAAAGGGCUGCGGGUCACUUUGGGAGCCAACCCUUGGAGCUGCGCUUGCUCCCUGCGCCCUCUCCUCGCCUGGUUGCGCGCCGCCGCCUCCCGCGUCCCCGACGCCCGCAGCCUGCGCUGCGCGGGACCCCCGCCCCUUCGAGGGACUGCGCUGCUGCGGCUGCGGCCCGAGGGGCUGCCCUGCACCGCGAGCGAGGGUGGAGAGCCUGGCAGGCUGGAGACGGCCUCUUACGUCUUCUUCGGCAUCGUUUUGGCCCUCAUCGCCAUCGUCUUCCUCAUGGUGCUCUACCUGAACCGCCGCGGCAUCAAGCGUUGGCUCCACAACCUCCGGGAAGCUUGCCGGGACCAGAUGGAGGGAUACCACUACCGCUACGAGCAGGAUGCCGACCCCCGCUGCACCAGCGCCAUCAGCACCCCCGGCCUCUGA